AUGGAGUCCUCCACUGCACCAACAGCGUCAAGUGCUUCGCCCGUGAAAAUACUCACGGUAGGCUCCGCCGUGGGGUCCAUACGCGACCUUUUUGUAAAAAUUAAAGCCAUCGACGCGAAGCAUGGUAAAUUUGACUGUGUGCUCUGCAUCGGCGACUUCUUCGGUCCCUUGAAAGAGCCGGGGGCUUUGGGGAAUGGAACAGAUGAAACCGAGCAACUUUUGAACGGUGACAUUGAAGUCCCUUUGAAAUGUUACAUUAUGCAAGGAGAGAACCCCCUACCUGAUUCUGUGAUAGAAAAAUACGCCAAGACUGGCGGAGAGCUAUGCAAGGACGUAUUUUUACUGAAUAAAUCAGGGAUUAUGACGACCGCUCAUGGUCUUCGGAUAGCUUGUCUAGGUGGCAUCUACAACCCAGGAAUCUACACCACCGCUGAAGCCCCUCCUGGGUUCGCAUCCCCCUUCUUCUCCACCCACACCGUCGAACGCCUCCUCUCCAACACUCUUGUUAAAUCAUCCUCAAAAUCCCAAUCCAAGAACCAAACCUACAGCUCCCUUACCUCCAUCCUUAAUGCCUCUUCUUCCUCACAGCUUGUCGACAUCCUCAUCACAAACGACUGGCCUGCAUGUAUCACACAGCACUCCUCAGCACCUUUAUCUUCUCCAGAGUUCUCAUCUGAGGGCGCCAUACCUCUGGAUGAGGUAAUUAGGAAGGUCAAACCCAGAUAUCAUUUUGCUGCGUUGGGUGGCCGGCCACCACAGUUUUGGGAGCGGGAGCCCUUCGUGUGGGACGAUGAGGCAGGAAGGGUUUCGAGGUUCGUAAGUCUUGGCGCAUUUGGUGCUGAAGCCAUGGGUGGUAAGAAGCCCAGGUGGUUUUACGCAUUUUCAAUUAUCCCACCUUCCCCGUCAAACCCCGCUCCAUCCCGCCCCACAAACGCCACCAAAAAUCCUUUCACUGAAUUAGCUCCUCGACCCCCAAAACGGACACUCGAAACUUUCGAAUCAGGAGAGAAUUUCAUAUGGGGAAACGUCCCCCAGCCCGGCAAGCGUCCACGAACAAGUGAGUACUCAACCUUAUUUCGUCACUUCAUCACCUCUUGCCCCGAACGCCAGAAACCUCCUGAAGGAUAUGUGUGCCGUAUAUGUAAUACGCCCGGGCAUCUUGUACGUGACUGCCCUACGCGCCAUGCUGUGGGCGACACAGGUGGGCGAAAACCACGCCCGGGGUAUGUGUGCCGCGCGUGUGCUAGCGAGGAGCAUUACAUUGAGGAUUGCCCGGUUGCCAAUGCAGGGCAGCGUGGUGGGGAGAGGAGAGGGAAGAGAGAUCAGGUCAAGGAGAUCGGACCCGACGAAUGCUGGUUCUGCCUAUCCAAUCCCAACCUCGCAAAACAUCUCAUAGUCUCCAUCGGAAGUGAAUGCUACGUGACGCUUCCAAAGGGUCAAAUCAUUCCUACGCAGUCCAACGCCGUCGGAAAUGAUGGUAGUAUUAGUACUGUCCCAGGUGGAGGCCACGUCCUCAUCGUACCUAUUGCGCACCACCCGACGUAUAACACCAUCCCUGCUGACAUUGCACCUCCAAUUCUAGAGGAGACUGAUAAAUACAAAUCUUCUCUCCGUGCUCUCUACGCCGCCCACAACGCGAGCGCCGUAUUCUUCGAAGUCGGACGUCUGAGUACAAAAGGAGGGCAUGCACAUGUACAAGCCGUCCCUGUGCCUACUUCGCUUGUGGGGAAGGUGGAACAAACAUUUAAGUCUCAGGGAAUCGAUUUCAAUGGCACAUUGGAAGAUUGUCAAAGUUCAGCGCUACCAGGCGGGAGGGGUAGGAGUUAUUUCAGAGUGGACCUACCUGAUGGGAGGACGUUGGUCCAUCUGAUUGAGGAACACGCGCCGUUUGGGGUGCAGUUUGGCAGGCAAGUCCUUACCGACAUACUGGGCAUCCCUGAUAGGGUGGACUGGAAGGCGUGUAUGCUUCCCGAGGAAGAGGAUAAAGCAGAUGUCAAGGCAUUCAAGGCCGCGUUCGCGUCUUUUGACCCGUCAAUGUAA